GUGUGUGUGUGUAUAUAUAUAUAAUGUUUGAACUAUCAUCUUCAUACAACAACAAUAAAUGUAAAUCUAACUAUAGGCACCAUUAAUGUGAAGAUUGUUGUCCUCCAUGAGUUGAGUGGUACAGUUGGGAGUUUUGUUGAGCCAGCAUGUCCACGAGGAGGUAUAUCACAGGGCUGCAGGGCUGGGAAUGCAGAAAUAGUGGUUGCAUUCUAUACAUGACAACCAGUUUCUUCAUCUUUUCAACAUAACAUUUAAAAUGAGUUGCUUUCUGCCAAGCGUCUCUUCAUUUCCCACAAUGUCGGAUCUCGAGGCCCCACUACGUCCCAAGAGAAAGAAGGUGUGGGUGGACUACUUUGUUCAGUUCCGAUGGAUAAUCGUCAUCUUUGUUGUCCUUCCUAUUUCCUUCACACUGUACUUCCUCACGUACCUUGGGGACGUGAAGUCCGAGUGCAAAUCUUUCAAGCAGCGUCAGAAGGAACACGAUGAGAACGUCAAGAAAGUCGUGAAGCGCCUCAAGGAGAGGAACCCAAAGAAGGAUGGCUUGGUCUGCACGGCAAGAAAGCCAUGGAUUGCUGUUGGCAUGCGUAAUGUGGACUAUAAGCGUGCUCGGCAUUUCGAGGUUGACCUUUCCGCCUUCAGACACAUUCUGGACAUAGAUCGGGAGAGAAUGAUUGCUCGGGUGGAGCCUUUAGUCAAUAUGGGCCAGAUUUCCCGGGCUACUGUCCCCAUGAAUUUGGCCUUAGCAGUUGUUGCCGAGCUCGAUGACUUGACCGUUGGUGGUUUGAUCAAUGGCUAUGGAAUUGAAGGAAGCUCUCACAUUUAUGGCUUGUUCUCAGAUACUGUUGUGGCUUAUGAGAUAGUUUUGGCGGACGGCCGUUUGGUUAGGGCCACGAAGGACAAUGAAUACUCAGACCUUUUCUACGCUAUCCCUUGGUCUCAAGGAACUCUGGGACUUCUUGUGGCGGCUGAGAUUAAGCUUAUACCCGUGAAGGAAUACAUGAGGCUGACAUAUAAGCCAGUGGUGGGCAAUCUUAAAGAGCUUGCACAGGGAUAUAUGGAUUCCUUUGCCCCAAGGGAUGGAGACCAAGACAAUCCUGAUAAAGUUCCGGAUUUUGUUGAGACCAUGAUUUACUCCCCGACUGAAGCCGUUUGCAUGACUGGUAGGUAUGCUUCUAAAGAGGAAGCCAAGAUGAAGGGUAAUAAAAUCAAUAGCGUCGGGUGGUGGUUCAAGCCAUGGUUCUACCAGCAUGCCCAAACGGCACUGAAGAAGGGGGAGUUUGUUGAGUAUAUCCCGACCAGAGAAUAUUACCACAGGCACACGAGGUGCUUGUAUUGGGAGGGAAAGCUCAUUCUUCCGUUUGCUGAUCAGUUCUGGUUCAGGUUUCUGUUAGGGUGGAUGAUGCCGCCUAAAGUCUCCCUUCUCAAGGCCACUCAAGGGGAAGCCAUCAGAAACUAUUACCAUGAGAUGCAUGUCAUUCAGGAUAUGCUCGUCCCGCUUUAUAAGGUUGGGGAUGCUCUUGAAUGGGUCCACCGAGAAAUGGAGGUCUACCCACUUUGGCUCUGCCCACAUAGGCUUUACCAACUACCAGUGAAAACCAUGGUUUACCCAGAACCAGGGUUCGAGCAAGAGCGUAGGCAAGGAGACACAAACUAUGCUCAGAUGUAUACUGAUGUGGGAGUCUACUAUGCCCCGGGGCCCGUCUUGAGGGGUGAGGUGUUUGAUGGGGCCGAGGCUGUCCGCCGCAUGGAGAGUUGGCUGAUCGAGAAUCACGGUUUUCAGCCACAAUACGCUGUGUCUGAGCUCACGGAGAAGAAUUUCUGGAGAAUGUUUGAUGCUGGGCUUUACGAGCACUGCAGGCGCAAGUAUGGUGCCGUGGGGACAUUCAUGAGCGUGUACUACAAGUCGAAGAAAGGAAGGAAAACCGAGAAGGAGGUGCAGGAGGCUGAGCAGGCAGUUCUCGAGACUCCUGAUGUGGAUGCCGCUUAGUGGGUUUGGUUUGUUUAUGGCUCUUCUCGUUUGAGUUGGGUUCCUUUGCUAGUUGUUUCUUUUUUAUGUCUUUAUGUUUUGAGAUUUGUAGUUUUUGACUGAUCUGCCUGCCUGUGACAUUCCAACAUCUAUUUUUUCCCCACUUGUGCUGUGUUGUAUUGAGUAUUGACUUAUCUCCGAAUUGCAUCUGAGACACCCUGCCUAGGAAGGGCUCAAUUUGUCUUAACUUCAUUGUAGUAGUUUGAUUGUGAUUUCCAUCCAAGGUUUUCAAAUGGCUAAUAAUCUUUUCCCCGAUUAGGUAGAAGAUAGCUGCAGGCCCUAGCCACUUAUUCAGUUAUUCAAAUUGUGAGGUUUAUGGGAGGAGCUAUGUCGGGAUGGGAUUGCUUGUGAAGGCGAUUUUAUUGUUUGGUGAAAUGAAUCUUGUACGAUAAUGUGGUAAAGUUGAAAUCCCUCUUUUUUAAGGAUAUGAUCAUAAAAUUUUAUGGAAAAAUUCAUCGGGCAUGCAGG